CUGAUUAACUAUUCACUGUUUGAGGGUCAGAAGCUCCUCCAGCCGAACGGAGCUGCAGAAACUCUGAUCCUGAUGGAGAAACAGUCCGUUUCUGAAGACUCGACGCUUCAAUGCAGGAGCAGAAGCGAUGCAGGCCGACCCAUGUGCUCCGUUCCUCCACAUCAGCAGAUGAACGAAUGUGUGUCGAUACGUCAGUAUGCUGAAAACGGAGACGAGGAGGAAGGAAACAAAAUGACGAGGCCUGACGCUUUCAUCUCGCUGGACGCUGAAGCUGACGUCUCUGCAAGAAGAAGAAAACCAACCCUCGUUAGAUCCAAAACAUUUGAUCCUUCACUUCUUCUGCAAGUCCAGAGUGACUCCGAAUCAAAGUGUGAACGCAGGAAACCGCAGUCCUAUCAGUCUCUGCGCACUAAUUCCCAGUACCACAAAGUUUUUAAAGACAUAAGUGAAGAUGAGCAUCUGAGGCAGAGUUACACCUGCGCCCUGCAGAAGGACAUACUGUACCAGGGGAGGCUGUUUGUGUCCGACAACUGGAUUUGUUUCCAUUCAAAAGUGUUUGGAAAAGACACUAAGAUUGCGAUACCAGUGUCUUUAGUGACUGUCAUCAAGAAAACAAAGACGGCCAUCUUGGUGCCAAACGCACUGGUGAUUUCUACAGCACACGAGCGGCAUGUGUUUGUUUCGUUUCUGUCUCGAGACACAACUUUCAAAGUUUUGAUGUCCGUGUGCCCUCAUCUGGUUGAGAAGAGUCCUGGAAACAGUCAGAAGAUUCUGAGAGCUCAUCCGGCGUCUCUGCCCACGGAUUUCCCUGUUGAUCUGUCCGAUCUGGACACUCCGGUCAGACCGACAGCUCAGCAUGUGGACGACAGCAGCAGCUCCGACUGUCCAGAGUCGCCGACCUUCGUGAAAACGCCGAGUGUGUAUUUCAGUGAAGUUCUGACGUCUGCUGUUAGCGGCUCUUUAUUCACAUCCCCUGAAUUUCCGAAACGAUCCCAAGCUUUUAUUGAAGCGACUAAACAAGACGGUGAACUGGAUUCUCAUCCGCAACCAGAAAUCCAGGCUACAACAAACUUACCGUACACUGGAGCUUCAGGAUCAGCGGAGGUGGAGUUCAUGAAAACCCUGAGGCCGGUGUCUCUCUCUCUGAACGCUCUGGUGUUGAUCUAUCUGUCUCUGGUUUGUGUCCUGCUGUUGUCCUCCUGUUACAUGGCCUUCAAGAUUGUGUCUCUGGAGGAACGUCUGAUGUCUCUUGUGUCACUGGAGUUUCCCCAUAAAAGAGAUGAAUAUCUGUACGCUAGAGACGCAGCUGAGAUCUACUCGGUUCUUUCUGCAAGUCUUCUGAAGCUGGAAAAGAUUCACAGAAACCUGCAGAGACUGAUGGAGAGCGUGACUGACGUCUGACGGACGGAAGUGGAAAACCAUGUCAUGAUUUCAACGUGUUUCUUGUUUAAGAACUGUGAAAAAAAAAAACAUAAGUAGAACUAGUUGCCUUUUAUGCAAACAUUAGAAUAACUGAUCUCAGUAAUGAAGUUAAACAUAAAAUAAACAUCAGCUGAGCCAGUGUUUUCUCACUCAUUUGACUGAGAAAAAGAGUAUAAGAUAAAACUAUAUGAAUAUUUUAUACUUUGUAUGAAUAGACUGUACAGUAACCCAGCUAACAAAAACAUGUUCUAAGAACGUUUUGAUAACGUUCCCACAAAAACUGUUCUCUGAACGUUCAAAUGUCCAGUUUUUAAAAUGUUUUAAAAAAGUUUUUUCUUGGUUAUGCAAACGUUAGAGAAAACAUUAAGGGAAUUGCUGGGUUAAAACAUCCCAUUCGCUGAGUUUGUCCAUUUUCAACCCAACUUGGGUUGUUUUUAACCCAGCAUUUUUAUAAUUCUUCAAACAUUAUGGAAAAGUUACUUUUGAAUGUUCUCUGAAACAAGUAGUAACAUUAAAAAAAAACGUUAGAUGAACGAUGUACAUUAGUGGCCAAAAGUGACGUUUACAUUAUUUAAGACCAGAUAAAUGGUUUUAUAUAAAACGAUAAAUAACGAACGAUCAACUGGAAGAACAUUUGUUCAUAACCUUGCCAGAACGUUCAGAGAACGUUCCCUGUUAGCUGGGAAUUCACUUGCUGAAUCUCAUUACGUCUGUAAGUAAGAUAUGAAUGAAAGACUGUGUAUUAUUGUCAGUUGAAGUGAAUAAAGUUUGUUUUGAUGCUUGUGAUUUAGAUGA